CGCUUGAGUUGAGCGGUUCGAGGCCAGCCUGGCCAACAUGGUGACACCCCGACUCUACUAAAACUACCAGAAGCAUUCGCCAGGUGUGGUAGAGCGUACCUGUAGUCCCAGCUACUCGGGGGGCUGAGGCGGGAGAAUCGCUUGAACCUGGGAGGUGGAGGUUGCAGUGAGCCGAGGUCGCGCCACCGCACUCCAGCCUGGGCGACAGAGCGAGAUUCCGUUUCAAAAAUAAACAACACACAAGCACCGCAACGGAGCGCAAUGGCGGCCCCCAGGGCGGCCGCACACCGCCGUCCCGGGCCGGGCCCCGCCUCUGCCACAGGCAGCUCCCUGACACGGAACUUUCGUGGUGUGAGGCGAGAGUCUGUGCCGCUUCCGGAGAGGAGCGGGUAAGGAACCGACCACUUCCGGCGAGGGGCGGGAAAGACAGGCAGCUUCCGGCGCCACGCUUCCGGACAGCCGUGCGCUUAGCAAAAGACUGGGUUUCGCGCUGGGGAGAACGGCUGCCCUGGGCCCUCUGGUUCUCGUCCCGCGGCGUCCGCUCCCUCGCGCCACUGCGCCAGGGAACCUCUGUGCCGCCCCCAGGAAGUCCGCUUCUCUCCUGCCUCCGGUCCCGCCAGGCGCCUCGAGCUCCUUGAGUAGCUCGGUCUUUGAGGUCCCUCUGGGCCCCUCGCGCGUCUAUCACCGGAGUCCCCGGGCCCCUCUAGCCCUCUGUUCCCUCCCCUCUUCUGUUCCUCCCCAGAACCCCGCCGCCCUCGGCCUCGUCCCCAGGGCUGACCCUGUGGACAGUGGGAGUCACUUCGCUCCCCUGCUGGGAUUGACUGACCCAGGGUUUAGUGACUGCCCAGAUCUGGCUGAUGGGGGGAUCGAGAGGUACCCUGGGCCGGGAGUGUCCAGCUAGGAUCUUUCGUGGAAGUCAGACAUGAAACUGACAGGCCUAAGGGAAGCUAGGGAGCUUUCUCACCGCUCAGCCAGGGUGAUGAUGGGCUGGACUGACGGACUAAGGUCAGUUUGAGCUUGCUUGUCAGGCUGAUUGGUUGAUGGACUGCCCUGGACUGGCUCACCAAGACUGACCAGGCCGGGCCCAAGCAGUUCUGGGGUUCCCAACCUGGGUUGGAAGGUCUGAACUGAUGGCCCACCCAGGCUGACCAGGUCAGCCCACUUCACUGACCUCCUGACCCCUGACCUCAUCACCUGUACAGCCAUGGAGAAGAUGUCCCGUGUAACCACAGCCCUGGGUGGCAGCGUGCUGACAGGCCGCACCAUGCACUGCCACUUGGAUGCUCCUGCCAACGCCAUCAGCGUGUGCCGUGACGCGGCCCAGGUGGUUGUGGCAGGCCGCAGCAUCUUCAAGAUCUAUGCCAUUGAGGAGGAACAGUUCGUGGAGAAGCUGAACCUGCGUGUGGGGCGCAAGCCCUCACUUAACCUGAGCUGCGCUGACGUGGUCUGGCACCAGAUGGAUGAGAACCUGCUGGCCACGGCAGCCACCAACGGCGUGGUGGUGACGUGGAACCUGGGCCGGCCAUCCCGCAACAAACAGGACCAGCUGUUCACAGAGCACAAGCGCACGGUGAACAAAGUCUGCUUCCACCCCACCGAAGCCCACGUGCUGCUCAGUGGCUCCCAGGAUGGCUUCAUGAAGUGCUUUGACCUCCGCAGAAAGGAUUCUGUCAGCACCUUCUCGGGCCAGUCCGAGAGCGUGCGGGACGUCCAGUUCAGUAUCCGGGACUACUUCACCUUCGCCUCCACCUUCGAGAACGGCAACGUGCAGCUCUGGGACAUCCGGCGCCCCGACCGCUGUGAGAGGAUGUUCACGGCCCACAACGGCCCCGUCUUCUGCUGUGACUGGCACCCUGAAGAUAGGGGCUGGUUGGCCACAGGAGGGCGUGACAAGAUGGUGAAGGUCUGGGACAUGACCACGCAUCGUGCCAAGGAGAUGCACUGUGUGCAGACCAUCGCCUCGGUGGCCCGUGUCAAGUGGCGGCCGGAGUGCCGCCACCACCUGGCCACAUGCUCCAUGAUGGUGGACCACAACAUCUACGUGUGGGACGUGCGCCGGCCCUUCGUGCCAGCUGCCAUGUUCGAGGAGCACCGAGAUGUCACCACGGGCAUCGCCUGGCGCCACCCGCACGACCCCUCCUUCCUGCUGUCCGGCUCUAAGGACAGCUCACUGUGCCAGCACCUGUUCCGUGACGCCAGCCAGCCCGUGGAGCGCGCCAACCCCGAGGGCCUCUGCUACGGCCUCUUCGGGGACCUGGCCUUUGCCGCCAAGGAGAGCCUCGUGGCUGCCGAGUCGGGGCGCAAGCCCUACACUGGUGACCGGCGCCACCCCAUCUUCUUUAAGCGCAAGCUGGACCCUGCCGAGCCCUUCGCAGGCCUCGCCUCCAGCGCCCUCAGCGUCUUUGAGACAGAGCCGGGUGGUGGCGCCAUGCGCUGGUUUGUGGACACAGCUGAGCGUUAUGCGCUGGCCGGCCGGCCGCUGGCCGAGCUGUGUGACCAUAACGCAAAGGUGGCGCGCGAGCUUGGCCGCAACCAGGUGGCGCAGACAUGGACCAUGCUGCGGACCAUCUACUGCAGCCCUGGCCUGCUGCCCACCGCAAACCUCAGCCACAGCGUGGGCAAGGGUGGCUCCUGUGGCCUGCAGCUCAUGAACAGUUUCAACCUGAAGGAUAUGGCCCCAGGGUUGGGCAGUGAGACCCGGCUGGACCGCAGCAAAGGAGACGCACGGAGCGACACGGUUCUGCUUGACUCCUCGGCCACACUCAUCACCAAUGAGGAUAACGAAGAAACCGAGGGCAGUGACGUACCUGCCGACUACCUCCUGGGUGACGUGGAGGGCGAGGAUGACGAACUGUACCUGCUGGACCCGGAACACACGCACCCCGAGGAGCCCGAGUGCGUGCUGCCGCAGGAGGCCUUUCCGCUGCGCCAUGAGAUUGUGGACACACCUCCCGGGCCCGAGCACCUGCAGGACAAGGCCGACUCCCCUCACGUGAGUGGCAGCGAGGCGGAUGUGGCCUCCCUGGCUCCCGUGGACUCCUCCUUCUCGCUCCUGUCCGUCUCACACGCGCUCUACGACAGCCGCCUGCCGCCUGACUUCUUCAGCGUGCUGGUGCGGGACAUGCUGCACUUCUAUGCUGAGCAGGGCGAUGUGCAGAUGGCUGUGUCUGUGCUCAUCGUCCUGGGUGAACGGGUGCGCAAGGACAUCGACGAACAGACCCAGGAGCACUGGUACACCUCCUACAUCGACCUGCUGCAGCGCUUCCGCCUGUGGAACGUGUCCAACGAGGUGGUCAAGCUGAGCACGAGCCGUGCCGUCAGCUGCCUCAACCAGGCCUCCACCACCCUGCACGUCAACUGCAGCCACUGCAAACGGCCCAUGAGCAGCCGGGGCUGGGUCUGCGACAGGUGCCACCGCUGCGCCAGCAUGUGCGCCGUCUGCCACCACGUUGUCAAGGGCCUGUUCGUGUGGUGCCAGGGCUGCAGCCACGGCGGCCACCUGCAGCACAUCAUGAAGUGGCUGGAAGGCAGCUCCCACUGCCCCGCGGGCUGCGGGCACCUCUGCGAGUACUCCUGAGCGUCUGCUAGGCUCCCCUGGGGCCUCGGGACCUGACCGCCCGGCCGGCCGCGGCAGAACCCCGCCUGGUCUUGUGCCUCAGACGGGCGGAGGCUGGAACUUGAAACCCCAAUAAAGGAAGUGGAAUCGC